AAUUUUAGAAUAUUAUUGAUUUUCCAACCUAUCUCAUCUCACCCAAUAAUUAUUCCCCCUCUCUCCUCACUAUACACAAAAUCGUUUCUACAAUGGCCAAGUCUUACUCCUCAUCGCCAGCUAUUGAAAUCACUGUCUUAUCAGGCGAAAACCUCCGGAUCGACCUGAAAUCCAUCAAGAAAAACGCAUUCGUCGUUGUUCGAUCCAAUAGCAGAAACGUUUUCCGGAAGACCGAGAUCGAUACCGAGGGCGGUAGCAACCCAAACUGGAAUGAAAAACUCGUCCUUGACUUGCCGGUCCACGCAGCGGCAUUGACCGUCGAGGUUCACUGCAGAACUGCGAUUGGUAACAGACUCGUCGGAAUGGCUUCGGUUCCCAUCUCGGACAUUUCCGGUGGGUACGUACCGGAGAGUUACUUACAUUUCUUGAGUUACAGAUUGAGGGAUCAGAAAGGCGAAAGGAACGGGAUUAUCAAUUUGUCAGUGAAAACCAAGUUUGCGGCAGCGCCGGAGCGUUCGUGCGCGGCGUCUUCUGCGUCGUUGGCGUCGUCUCCGGUGGUUGGAGUUCCGGUCGGGAAGAAUAACUUGGGUGGCGUUGUGACUGGGUUUCCCGUUUGGUCCGUCUCACAUUAAUGGAAAUUUCCUAACAACAACGAAUAACUAUUUUGACUUAAUUGAAUAACGAGUAUUCCAGUGGAAAGUAUUGCUUUAUCAGCUUAAUUGAAACUCAAUUUGUACAUUUAUUUUUAUUGACUAUUUUCAAUAAGAAUUGCUAAGGUGCUAUUACUUAAAUUAUAAUCAUGAAAUGUCAUAUCAGAUGUUGUAACAAUUCUCAUUUUCAAUUUAUAUACAUUUAUCAUAAGAAAAAUCAGUAAUUUAUGCUUAA